CCUCUCCUGCAUUAGGAAGUGAGAGCUCCACGUAGGAGGCUCCCGGCAGCAGCAGCAGCAGCAGCGCGCCGUCACUCGGGGAGGAAGAUGGCGGCGGUGGAGCGUCCGCCUGUGAAGGAGGCGGUGCGGAUCGCGUUGCUGUGUGUAUGCUGGUACACGGUCAGCUCAGGCGGCAAUGUCAUCAAUAAAAUCAUCCUGAACGGAUUCCCGUAUCCUGUCACCGUCUCGCUUUUCCACAUUUUUUCCAUCGUGUUGUUUCUGCCGCCGCUGCUGCGCGCUUGGGGCGUCCCGAAAUCUGAAGUACCGGCCGCAUAUUACCGCUGGUACAUCCUGCCCUUGGCGUUUGGUAAAUAUUUCGCCUCCGUGUCGGCUCACUUCAGUAUAUGGAAGGUGCCCGUGUCCUACGCUCACACAGUAAAAGCCACCAUGCCAAUAUGGGUUGUGCUGUUAUCACGGAUUAUUAUGAAGGAGAAGCAAACCACAAAGGUCUAUGUUUCUCUCAUACCCAUCAUAGGCGGUGUCCUGUUGGCUACAGUGACGGAGCUCUCGUUUGAUUUGUCAGGAUUAAUCAGUGCUCUUGCAGCUACACUUUGCUUCUCUUUACAAAACAUAUUCUCCAAAAAGGUUUUGCGUGACACGAGGAUACACCACCUCCAUCUACUCAACACACUUGGCUUCAAUGCAGUUUUGUUCAUGCUGCCCACAUGGAUUUUAGUUGAUCUGUCUGCAUUUCUGGUCGAUGGAGACUUUACAGAGAUUUACAACUGGAGUGGAACGUUGGUGCUGCUCAUCAUCAGUGGCUUCUGCAACUUUGCGCAGAACAUGAUUGCCUUUAGUGUGUUAAACCUAGUCAGUCCCCUCAGCUAUGCGGUUGCUAAUGCUACAAAGAGAAUCAUGGUGAUCAGUAUAUCAUUACUGAUGCUAAGAAACCCUGUUAACAUGUCCAACAUCUUGGGGAUGAUGACUGCCAUCCUGGGUGUAUUUCUGUACAACAAGGCGAAAUAUGAUGCAAACCAAGAAGCAAAGAAGAAAUUGCUGCCAGUCUCUUCACAGGACAUGAUUUCAUUUGAUAAGCCCCAGUCUAAUGGCUCACUGUCCUCGAAACAAGGCUCAGAAUUUCAGUACAACCGGACCAACAUGCUCAGCGACCACUUUCAGUACAGCAGGCAGGCCUACACAAUGAACUAUGCCUCCAACCAAUAUGUCGUCUAAGUGGAGAAACUGAUGAACAAACCUGUUUAACUGUAUAAGGACACUGUAUUUAGUAUGGAACUUGCUUUUUCUGUGCCAGAUCCUCUUAUUUAUUUCACUCUUUUUUUUUCAGUAGUUUACAAAAAUUCUCACUAAUUGAGGGUGCAAAUCAGUCUUUCGGCCUUGGUGGAACACAUUUAUGGGCUAAACAUAAUAAUGGUCACUAUUAUAGUACUGUGUAUGAAUCGAAGGUGUUACGGUUGCUCUCAAUUUUUUGAAACAGGGAAGGCCUCAGACAUUGGAACUGCUACACAUUGGGACAACAUACAUAAUCAUUGUCCAUAAACGACAAUUUCCUAAAUUCCGACAAUUGGAAUACUGCUUCUAUUUGUAAAUAUUUUCAUGUAUUUAUUUUUGUAGAAGUUCUGAGUGAGGCAUAUCAUGAGGUUUUUGAAUGUGUAGUGCCUGUUAAAGGCAUGCUCGGUACCUUCUUGGUCAUCAGUGUUUGCGAGCCAGUUCUACUCAUUAUAUGGCCCCAUAGUAAUUAGAUUUAUUUGUGUUUGUUUUCAUUUAGAUUUUAGUGGGUGAGAUUUUUUACGGGUUUUUUUUUUUUUAAAUGGUGAGUUGUAAGUAAUGCUGAUUGAAAUCAGUUUGAAUAGGUGCACUUCUUUGGUAGAAAGCUGCAAUGCAAUUUUACAAUCUUCACUGUUUAAUAUCAGUCAGUCUUCAGUACUUUUGGAAUGGGUAGAUUAUUCAUCAGUGGGUCUGAUACACAAGUAUUAAACUCAUUCUCAGCAUCAAGUUUCUUUUUUUUUUCUUUGCAUGUUCAAAACAUGAUAAGGAAUGUUUCUCAGAAAUGUGUGUUAAAUUUUUUAUUUUGGAAACCUUUCAUAACAUGAUCAUCAGAAGCCAUUCUUAAGAUGUGUUAAUUAUGAAAUAUAAUGUGUAGCUGAAUGUUUUAGGCUGUGAGGUACUGCCUCAAGAGAUGAUGUGUAAGUCAAAUGAUUUACAUUUUAAGUGGAUUAAGUUUAAAUCCAUUUUAAGUAGCAUAUAGUACACAUAUUGGGUAGUAGAAAUAUGUAUGUUGUAAUUGUUUUCUUUCAAAAACAGAUGGCAAGAUCUACUGUUUUUCUCAAUCGCUUGCCUCAGUCUACCAUGGCCUUGUAAUGCAAGGUGCGAUGCAUAAACUGUAGUCUGUUAGAUUAAUAUUUGUUUUUAGCCAGAGUAUAUUAUUUACAGCUAUAAUUUUGUUGAUUUUUGCACAAUUAUACAGUGUUGGUUUGUACUGUCUCUCCUCCCUAAAAGCUUUCAGAAUCCAUUUGAUCAUGUUUUGCAGACGUUUGCUUUUAUCUUACUCAUCCAUUGGUAACAAUGAAUGUGUCUGACUGCCGGCAAGUUAGACACAAUUUUAAUAAAGAGCAUGUAAAUUCCUCUCUGCAGCUUAAGAGUAACAGGUCAAUGUGAUUUUUCGUAUGCGAGUAUAGAGUUUUUUGUAAUUAUUUUGUAACGCAGUCCAAACUGAAUUAGAACCUGGGGAUGGGGAGCACAUAUCUUUAAAAUGCAAGAGUUUAGCCAUUAUAAGGAUCUGUGCAACUGAUGAUUGAAUGUUUCAUAAAACAUUGUGGGAUGUGGGAUUUUAUUGUUCUUUUGAAACUGCUUACUCAGUGUGAAUGAAUGAAUUAAAGGCUGUGAGAAUA